CAGUCGGCUGCAUCGGUUGGGAAAUAAAGCCUUUACUCGCUACGGGAACUUUAUCCGUUAGUUCGGGCAACGCUUCAAUUAAGUGGAAACUGUGUUUUGAUUAUAGUAGCAGGAUAUCCGGAUUGAAACCUGUGCAAAUGCUCAGCGUCGCGUGUGAGUGAUUGAAACAAAUCAGUAUUUCAGUGAUAUUAGCUUUACCAGUUUUACUACGCGGAAAAUCAUCGCAUUACAAAAGCUCACUAUUCACACCCAAAGAUCACAAUCUUCGACGGAGGACCUAAUUUAUUGGAUGCAUGCUCAAACCAGCGAUCAAUAAGCCCGAACGAAGGCAAAAUACACAGCCUUAGCUUACCCUGUUCAUUCAGCUGUGUGAAGAAAGAAAAUUUUCCUUCGGCCUCAAAGCGAUCGAUAAUCGUCGUAGCUGCUGCUGCUGCUCUCCAAGCCGUUCGUCCGUCCGUCCGUACAUGUGUGCAUACGGGGAAGAUAGCCGUACCUAAGUCUCGGAAAGCACACCGGUGUUGUAGAGGGUAGAGCAAAUUUCCCUCUUCUUGAGACCCACCGCUUUCGGGUGAGAGUGUGUGUUGGAAUGUCGCAAGCCCCUGCCGAUGAAGGAGUACGUACAGUGAGUUACCGGUGGUGAACAGAUGAUGGAGAUCCCAGCACGAGUCAUGAAAGGAGCAGGCGGUGUAGCUGAGUGAGUGACUGCAUCGUUACCACCCCACACACACACAGCGGGUGGUGGGCCGGAUUUUUGCUUUUAUUUAAUCGUAGUAAGCAGAAAAAAAAAGCGCGCGGUGAUUUUAAUAUUCGGGUUGUAAAAACGAAUCCGUAUGUUUACAAAUAUUGCGGGAUAUAACAAUGCAAUGGCGCGCUUCGGCCCGGUGGGAUCUCAGGACUGUGGGGGUGAAUUGUUCAAUGCCGACGAACGAAGAAUACAGUUCCGUGAGUGGAAAUAAAUUUGCCUUCUGUCGCGAGUGACGGCGCUUUCUGUUGGUGGCAUCUCCAGUCGAAGCUAUUUUUGUGUGCGUGUGUGAUUUAGGAUUUUCCGACUGGUGAUAAAACAGGGACAAAAUCGAACGGUGCGGCGGGGGGAAAGGAAAAGAUGUCCGACUUGAUGAUUGCCAAUCAGAGCGAACAAUUAAGUGACGAGCUAAACUUCACCGCAUUCAUCGAUCUCUGCCGGUUCUGUUCGAUCAAGAGUGGCCCCCGGUUGAACAUCUUCGAUAAGGAGGCGGAACAGCGCCAGAUUUUGUUCAAGAUUAGAACAAUAUUGCCGAUUGUGAUAAACAAGGAGGACUUCCUGCCGAAAAAGAUUUGCGAACGCUGUGUCAGCAACAUUGAACAGUUCUUCGAAUGGCGAUCGAGCUGCGUGCAAACCGACGCCAUUUUGCGUAACUACGCCGACUCAAUGCGAGUUGUAACUGCGACGAUAAACUUUCAGGACGGUACCGUGAACAUCGACAAGAUGACACCAGCACAGAAAAAUGCUUACCUAGAAGCGCACAUGGCAGUUCAGCAACAGAUGAUGCAAGCGGCUCAGCAUCUACAUCAACAACAGAUGCAGCAGCAGCAACAGCAACAGCAGCAACAACAACAGCAGCAUCAGCAGCAGCAACAACAACAGCAGCAGCAACCACAACAGCAACAUCAGCAGCAGCUGAAUAUCCCAAGUCACCACGUUUCGGUGCGGACCGCGAAAAAGUCCAAAUCAAACAACCACGACAGCCAUCAAGUUCAAUUCCACCAUCAGCAAGUGCAACACCAUGUUGUGCAAGUUCCUCAGCUGCAGCAGCAGCAACAGCAACAACAACAACAGCAUAGUCACCAACAGUCGACGAAUUCUGUGUCCGUUGCAACCAGCAGUGGUCCCAUCAGCAUAACCCACUACGCAAAUACGAUCAAGGUUCCGCAGAUCAACCCUAGCUCAAUAUCAAACUCCACCAAUACCAGCACCACCGGCGGUGACAGCAGUACCUUCACUGUCCCGGACGACGUCGGUAUGGGUUUUGAAGGUGGAGUACGCGUUCUUCAAAGUUUGGGGAAUUGGUCCCCGGAGAUUCCUCCCAAUAUUCCACGGCCAAAUUUAAUCCCUUUCACAGAACCUUACGCCGAGGGUGGCUCGAUGCACCCGGGUACGAGACUGAAAGCACUGCAACAGGUACAGCAAUCCUCGUCGAAGAAGAGUACCGCGAAGCCGAAAACGAAUGUAAACAACAGUAAUGCGGGUCCUCCGAAGCCGGUGUUCGAGUGUACGAUUUGUGGGAAGGGUCUUGCGAGGAAAGAUAAGCUGACCAUCCAUAUGCGGAUUCAUACCGGGGAGAAGCCCUACAUCUGCGAGGUUUGCGAUCGGGCGUUCGCCCGACGUGACAAGCUGGUGAUUCACAUGAACAAGUUCAAGCAUGUAACGCCCACGAAUAUCGCACCGUUGGGCAAGCGCCAAAACCGUACGCCAACGUUAGUGAAAAAGGAAGAUUCCAAGAGCGAAGACAAUAAACCCCUACUGAUAGACCACCAUGCCUUAGCGACGCAAACCUUGACCACGGUGGUCAACAGUAUUUCAGCUCAACAGCAGCAAUCGACGCAACUGUCGCAGGUUCCUCCGUCUCAAUCGGGACAGCACGGUGGACAGCAGCAAAGUAGCGGUCCGGCGGGAAUCUCCGGAAUGAGCAUUUCGCAGCAGCAGCAGCAACAACAACAGCAACAUCACCAUCAGCUAUCGUGGACCUGCGAACUGUGCGGUCGAAUGUUCCCGACGCGAGAGGAGUGGACACUGCACGCCAAGAGUCAUCUGGAAUAUUGACAGCAACCAAGCGGUGUCGCCGUAGGAACGGGAAGUAGUGCUGAUGUUAGUAGCGGCAAUAGAGACAAACAACUCCAAACGUCGCAGUCGAUUGCUUUGAAUCAGGCUUUCUACAGCAACAGCUCAGGCGAAGCUCACCCCAUUACCCACAACAUCAUCGUGCAGCAGCCGCAGAACAGCGCCAACUACUGUUUCCUUUGCCGGCAGGACUGCGGCACACAGGCGGAGUUUGCUGCCCACAUUCGGGGGCAUUUCGUAGAUGGGAAGAUUUCCGCCACCACGGUAGAUUCGGCAACACUGUUCACACGGCACAUCGAUGUAAACAGUAGCGGGUAAACUGCCUCUGUCACACAGUGGGACUACAUACUGAUAUGGUUUACACGGGUUUAAUGAUGAGAUUAUGUUUGUUUUGAGUUUAUUCGGUCAGGGGGGUGAGGGUCUCCGACCGAAAGCUGUUAGUUUUUGAUUAAUCGGGAAUUUCUUUCAUUUUGGUAUGCCAAGCAACCACUAUCUUGAUUGAAACUACAUAUCGAUUUGUACAGUACUUCAUCGGGUAUUAGUUACGGUUAGGCGAAUUAUUUUGUUGGCUGGUUUUAAAUAUUCUAGUCUGUAAGAAAGUGGCCGAAAGGGAUCUUCAAAAGAUCAACUAUAUUGCUACGAGGAGAUGAAUGUAAAUUUCUUGUAACUAAAUCAAAAUUAGUAGAAUGAGUAAAAUAAAUUCAAAUGAUUUAAUCAACAAA